GUUAUUUUAAACUAAUUGUGGGGCUGCUUGUGCUGCUGGCGCAGCAGCAGCUUGAGCUUGGCCAGGCGGCAGCUGUCGAUGUGCAGCAGACCAGCAAGGAUUGGUGGCAAACCGCGCAGUUUUAUCAAAUUUAUCCACGUUCGUUCAAGGAUUCGAAUGGCGACGGCAUUGGCGACCUGCAGGGCAUCAUAUCCAAGCUCGAUUAUCUAAAGGAAAUUGGCGUAACCGCCACUUGGCUAUCGCCCAUAUUUAAAUCACCCAUGGCUGACUUUGGCUACGACAUUGCGGACUUCUUCGACAUACAGGAUGAGUAUGGCACGCUGGAGGACUUUGAUGAGCUCAUAGCUGCAGCCAAGCAGCGCGACAUCAAGAUCAUACUCGACUUUGUGCCCAAUCACUCGAGUGAUGAGAACGUUUGGUUCGAAAAGUCAGUGCGACGUGAGCGAGGCUACGAGGACUACUAUGUGUGGCAUGAUGGUUACUUCAAUGCCAGCACGGGCAAGCGUGAGCCGCCGUCCAAUUGGCUGCAGGCAUUCCGCGGCAGCGCCUGGGAGUGGAAUGAGCAGCGUGGUCAGUACUAUCUGCAUCAGUUUGCAGUGAAGCAGCCGGAUUUGAAUUAUCGCAAUCCCGCUGUGGUGGAGCAAAUGAAGCGCGUGCUCACCUAUUGGCUGAAUCGUGGUGUUGCUGGUUUCCGCGUCGAUGCCAUGCCCUGGUGCUUUGAGGUGCCUGCAGAUGCAACUGGCAGAUAUCCCGAUGAGCCGCUCAGCGGUUAUACAGACGAUCCAGAUGACUCCUCGUAUCUGAAGCAUAUCUAUACGCAGGAUCAGCCUGAAACGGUGGACAUGAUUUAUCAAUGGCGUCAGCUGUUCGACGAUUACAAACGCGUGCAUGGCGGCGAUACGCGCGUCAUUAUGGUGGAGACCUGGUCGGGUCUGGACUAUACAAUGCAGUUCUAUGGCAAUCGCACGGCCAAGGGCGCGCAGAUUCCCUUCAACUUUCAGUUCAUCAUCGGCGGCAAUGGCGAUAAGAACAACACGCAGCUAAAUGCGCCGGGAUUUGUUAAAAUUAUCAACAGUUGGUUGUCGCAGAUGCCAGCGGGUCAAACAGCCAAUUGGGUGAUGGGCAAUCACGAUCAGCGUCGCGUGGGCAGUCGCUAUGGCGAGCAGCGCAUCGACUUGAUGAACAUGCUGCAAAUGUUUUUGCCAGGGGUGAGCGUCACGUAUCAGGGCGAGGAGCUGGGCAUGACUGAUUUGGAAAUCAGCUGGGCCGAUUCGCGGGAUCCCGCUGCCUGCAACUCCAAUGAGCAAAUCUAUCAGCAGUUUACGCGUGAUCCGUCCCGCACGCCCUUCCACUGGAGCAGCGAGGCCAACGCUGGCUUCUCCAGCAACAGCAGCACCUGGCUGCCCAUUAAUCCCAACUAUGUGACAGUGAAUGUGGCCACUGAGGGCGCCGCCAGCUCCAGUCACUUGCAGCUGUACAAGCAGCUGCAUCAGCUGCGCCAGUCCAAGACUUUGCAGCUUGGCAAUACCAAAUACGCGGCCGUGGGCGACAAUGUGCUGGGCAUCAAGCGCUCGUUGAGUGGACAGCCCAGUUAUGUGCUCAUUGCCAAUGUGCUGGACAGCGCUGUCAGUGGCAUCGAUCUGGCCGCUCCUUUGUACGCCAAGGAGAGCUACAAGGUCAAGCUGGCCAAUCCACAGGCGCAGGCAAGCGUUGGUGCCAGCAUUUCAUUGAGCAGCCUAACGCUGCAGCCACAUGCGGCUUUGAUUGUGGAAUCUGCUUAAUUGUAUUUCUAAUUUAUAUGUGUGUGUGUGUGUGUGUGUGUGUGUGUGUGUGUGUGUGUGUGUGUUU